UGUUAGCGAUGGUCGUCGUCAGGUAGAGAGAGUAGAGAGAGACGAUCUCUCCUCAGGUCUUAAGCCCUAAAGACUACGAGUCGACUCCGGCAGCCGAACUGUGAAAUGCAGCUGUGAUUUUCAAGAACCUUUGAAUACUCAAUCAGCAGGAUAUUUUCGAUAUGGCUUGCUUGCGUGGUAUCAUCACCAAGAGAGCUAAUGUUUUACAGAGACGAGCUUAUCCAUCGUGUGGUCAUCUAAUUCAUGAUGAUAGAGACGACGACACUAAAUCCGGUUCUUCGAGUUCUGAUACAAUGAUGAUUCGUAAAGUCUUAGCUAGUAAUGGGACUAGUAAUUACAAGCUUAGCUCUAUGUUUGAGGAAAGGCAUUAUUAUCAGUCAUUUGGUUCUGGUCCAUUGGGUGGUUUUGGACUGUCUUCGUGUCGUUAUAUGAGUUCUACACAACCUGAAUGGUCUGAUAAAGUUGAUGGUAUUGACUUUGUGGCAACGGAAAUUGUUCCUGAUGAAAUUGUUGAAGCUGUAACGACGACUAGCCAAGCUGUUCCUGCUGCAAUAAAUGAGGUUGCUAUUGCUGCUGCGGAUUCUGCUUUUCCUGUUGCUGCUUUGCAGCAUUUGAUUGAUGGUGUGCAUUCGUUUACGGGCCUGAAUUGGUGGGCUUCAAUAGCUUUGACAACUGUUAUCAUUCGUGGAGUUACAGUUCCCAUUCUUUUGAAUCAGUUAAAGGCUACUUACAAACUCAAUGUUCUGAGGCCGCAACUGGAGGAGUUAAGAAGAGAGAUGAGCACUAAGGCUCAGGAUCCUGAAGCCAUGGCAGAAGGUCAAAGACGGAUGCAAUUAUUGUUUAAAGAACAUGGAGUAACUCCAUUUACCCCCCUCAAAGGACUUAUUAUUCAAGGUCCCAUCUUCAUCAGCUUUUUCUUUGCGAUCAGGAAUAUGGCGGAGAAAGUCCCGUCAUUUAAAACCGGGGGAACUCUUUGGUUUACUGAUCUCACCACUGGAGAUACUACAUAUAUCUUGCCACUUCUCACCGCAGCGACUUUCUUGAUUAUGGUGGAGUCAAACAUGCAGGAAGGUCUUGAAGGCAAUCCAGUAGCUGGAACUAUGAAGAAAUUCUCAAGAAUUAUUGCCUUCCUUUCUAUUCCAGUUUUGAUAGGCAUUGAAAAGGCAUUGUUUUGUUACUGGCUUACCUCCAAUCUG